AUGGAAAAUCUGAUUAUACCAGUGGAUAGAGCUCGUCGAGUUAUACUUGGAACACUGAUUGGAACAAUUUGGAACAAACAAUGUGAAGAUUUGGAUAAUUCGUAUGAUUAUAGUGUUCUCUUUAAAUUCAUUCUUCCUCGACUAUAUCAUUCAUUAUUUUUUUAUACUGCUGAAUUUCUUUCAAGUCAACGUGAAAAUGGUUUAAAAUGA